UGCUGCAGUUGAAGCUCCAGCAACGACGCACACGGGAGGAGCUGGUGAGCCAAGGGAUCAUGCCGCCUCUGAAAAGUCCAGCUGCAUUUCAUGAACAAAGAAGGAGUUUGGAGCGGGCCAGGACAGAAGACUAUCUGAAACGGAAAAUCCGGUCCCGGCCAGAGAGAUCAGAGCUGGUUAGGAUGCACAUUCUGGAAGAGACCUCAGCUGAACCCUCCUUGCAGGCCAAGCAGCUGAAGCUGAAGAGAGCCAGGCUGGCAGAUGACCUCAAUGAGAAGAUAGCGCAGAGGCCAGGUCCCAUGGAGCUGGUGGAGAAGAACAUCUUGCCUGUGGAGUCGAGCCUGAAGGAAGCCAUUAUUGUUGGACAGGUGAACUACCCAAAGGUUGCAGACAAUUCCUCCUUUGAUGAGGACAGCAGUGAUGCCCUCUCCCCAGAACAGCCAGCCAGCCAUGAGUCCCAGGGGUCUGUCCCAUCGCCGAUGGAUUCCCGGAUUUGUGAGCCUCCCCCUAGCACCACCGGCACGUCACUAGCUCAGGGUACAUCCCAAUUGCAGAUUAGCACAGACUCCAGUGAAACACUUUUCCUACCUGAACAGCCACCCCCGCCUCUGCCACCUCCGCCUCUUCUGCCCACUAGUCUUACCAAUGGAGCGGCUCUUACUGCUGCCAAGCCGCCACCAACGCUCAUUAAGCAAAGCCAGCCCAAGUCUGCUAGUGAGAAGUCUCAGCGCAGUAAAAAAGCCAAGGAGUUGAAGCCGAAAGUCAAAAAGCUUAAAUAUCAUCAGUAUAUUCCCCCGGACCAAAAGCAAGACAAGGGAGCUCCUCCCAUGGAUUCCUCCUAUGCCAAAAUACUCCAGCAGCAGCAGCUUUUUCUCCAGCUUCAGAUCCUCAACCAGCAGCAGCAGCACUACAACUAUCAGACCAUCCUGCCAGCCCCACCAAAGCCUCCAGGAGAGCAGCAGAGUGGCGCCAGUGCCCCUGCUGUACGCAAUCUCUCUGCCACGGUCAGCAGCACGUCUUCAGUAUCCUCUGGUUCCAGCGGGCUGAUGCGACAAAACAGUAACGCUGCGGUGGGCAAGCACGGCCCUCUCCCUGCCAACCUAGAUGAGAUGAAGGUAGCAGAGCUGAAGCAAGAGCUGAAGUUGAGGGCCUUGCCUGUCUCGGGCACAAAAACGGACCUGAUUGAGCGUCUCAGAGCUUACCAAGAGCAGAAUGGUGCAGCUGGCCAAACAACCCCCACUCCCAAGCCCAGCCCAGCAGCCGUCCUCCCGAAGGCUGCUGAAGUGGUGGUAGCCUUCCCAGCUGCCAGGCUGAGCACAGGGCCAGCCCUGGUCACCACUGGCAUUGCACCAGCAGAAGUAGUUGUGGCCACAGUCACCGGUGGCGGGGUGAUGAAGUUUGGGAGCACAGGCUCGACUCCUCCUGUUUCUCCAACUCCUUCUGAGCGCUCACAAAUGAGCACGGGGGACGAGAACUCGGCCACUGGAGACACCUUUGGAGAGAUGGUAACUUCACCCCUGACCCAGCUCACCUUGCAGGCGUCUCCAGUGCAGUUCCUGGUGAAGGAAGAAAGCUCCAAGUCCGCUUCCUGCAGCGUAAAUGCGACACCCAGAUCAGAGCGGUGUAGCACUGGCAACAGCAGAGAUGCAGAAGUUAGGGACAAAGACCAGAUGCUGCAGGAGAAGGACAAGCAGAUCGAGGAACUCACCCGCAUGCUGAAGCAGAAGCAGCAGCUGGUUGAGAUGCUUAGACUGCAAUUAGAGCAGGAGAAGCGCUCUCAGCAGUCCCUACCGGCCCCAGCAGCUGCAGGAGAAGGAACAGCCCUUGCCUCCAACCCAGUAGCGUUUGGCACUCAGGUCAAGAGUGAAAACGGUUUCCUGAGUUGCCAGUCUGUGAAGCAAUCCAGUGGCCAAACAGACCAAUUCAGCCCUGCACCACCCGCUAGCCAAAUGGACACUUCGAAUCCAAGCCCAGUGCCAAAGAAAGCUGUGAUGGUGAAGCAGGAGGUGCCAGCCGCGGAAGCAGAGCCGCCGUGCCAGUCCCAGAGCCCGCGGCUUUUCCUCGGCCAGCAAGGGAGCGCCUUGAGUGACCUCAUCAAGGGCACCGCUCCCCCCACCCUCAUCACCGACUCCACAGGGACCCACAUCGUCCUCACCGUGACCAAGCAGAGCACCGAGAGGCAGGGCCUCUCGCCCCACGGGAAGGCAGGGAGUAGCUGCCCGGCCGUGCAGAGAGUACAAUCAUCGCCCGCUAAAACUUCCAGCGAACCACCAUGUCAGCUACCUGCAAGCACUCCUCAGCAGCCCACACAGCAGCAGAAGCAGCAGCAGCCGAAGCAGCAGCAGCCCAGAGGACUAACCCAAUCUGUCAGAAAGUCCUCAUCGCAGCCCAGCUCUCCUGCUGCCCCCUCCCCAUCCCAGAUGGACCUGGAGCAGCAACAGCACACGUCGCUUUUUGGAACUCCUCCACCUUCUCUCCCUGUUCCCUCGGUUUCAAUGAAAGAGCCGCCAGGCUACGACGACGCCAUGAAGCAACAGCCAAAGGCCCAGGAGAACGGCUGUUCCAGCCAGCAGAUGGAUGACCUGUUUGACAUUCUCAUCGAAAGUGGAGAGAUUUCUGCUGACUUCAAGGAUCAGUCGUCCCCAGCUGGGAAAGAACCACCCGUGGCCCCAGCCUGCUCCCCACCACCCAGCAGUCACCAUUCCUCAGAGCUGGCAGUGCCGGUGUCCUUAGGGCAGCCGGUGCCUGUGGGCCGGGGCCACGAUGGGCCGGAGCCCCUGUCCCUGAUUGACGACCUCCACAGUGAGAUGCUGAGCAGCUCGGCCAUCCUGGACCACCCGCCUUCACCUAUGGACACCUCGGAAUUGCACUUUGCUCACGAGCCAUCCGGGGGCAUAGCCCUGGAUCUGGCUGAGGCUAACUUGGACAGCAUGGACUGGCUGGAGCUGCCUGGGGGGUCCGUCAUGAGCCUGGCUCCCCUUAGCACUGCAGCUGCAGCUCCCAGCCUCUUUUCCACAGACUUCCUUGAUGGACACGAUCUGCAGCUGCACUGGGAUUCUUGCUUGUAACUCUCUGAGCAGAGACUGAAGGGAACGGGAAUGGGAGGGCAUGGGCAUGCAGGGGGAAGAGGCAAGUCAACCAAAAAAAAGAGAAAAAAGA